GCGCCCAGUCGCUGUUGUCUCAACUGCCUGCUGGACCCGAACCAUGGAGACGGAGAGCUGCUUGCCUUUCUCCGCGCAGAGCGGCGUGAGGACACCGGCAAACUCUCCAGGACUGGAGCACGGCGGUGGUGGCGGGGGCUCCGGCUCCUUUCUCCCCUGUGAUGAGCUGCAGAAACCCUCUCAUCUCCGUCCUCCUCCUCCUCUUCCUGCUGCGUCGCUUACUCACCGCCUCGGCCUGCGCAGGGACCUGUACGCAGCCGCGGCCAUGGGCAGAUUUGGAGAUGCUGCGGCUGCGGACUUUACGCACGGCUCUGCGCCAGGCUCUCCGCCGAAACAUAAGUUUCUGGACAGUUUAAACCCGGAUCACAAAGCGGCAAUAAGCGACAAAGCAGCGUUUUAUGAAAGCAGUUCGGAGGUCAGAGAAAAAGGAGCUCUAAAAGCCAUGGUCUAUCCUGGGAUCGGCCCAGAGUGCUGCAGCAAGCUAAAGGAGCAGAGCGGCGGCUUGCAGGCGGACUCCAUUGCUGAUUCCAUAGACUUAUCAGGAAAAAGCAAGAAGCGGCGGAACCGUACCACCUUCAGCACCUUUCAGCUGGAAGAGCUGGAGAAAGUGUUUCAGAAGACACAUUAUCCUGAUGUGUACGCUCGAGAGCAGCUAGCUCUGAGGACAGAGCUCACUGAAGCACGGGUCCAGGUGUGGUUUCAGAACCGUAGAGCCAAAUGGAGGAAACGGGAACGCUAUGGGAAGAUCCAGGAAGUCCGCAACCAUUUUGCAGCUUCCUAUGAUAUUUCUCUUCUCCCUCGUCACGAUGCUUACCAGAUGCAGGGCAACCUGUGGCCGGGCACUGCUUCAGGUGGAAGUGGCAGUACAGGUGCAGCCUGCGUCCUAGGAGCUGACUCCAUCCCAUCAUCCUGCAUGAGUCCAUAUUCUCACCCCCAUAGCAACCUGCAGGGUUUCAUGAGCAUGCCCACCUCCCCCAGUCACCCACACCACCACCACCCACCUCACCAUCACAGCAUCAAUGGGCUCUACUCCCUCCACAGCUUUCCAGGAGGCCUCGGGCCACCUUCCAUUGACGGGCCUGAGGGUGACUACAAACCAACUGGCUUGGUGGCACUGUGUAUGAAGUCCAAAGAGCCGGGGAGCAUCAUCUCCUGGCCCACAUGACCACCAAUGAUCCCCUUAAUACACUGACUGAGCCAGAGCUUACACAGUCUCAGAAAGGCACGCCGUCUGCAUUUGACUCAUGCAGUUGCUCUUUAUGCUUACGCAACCCGAGCUGGACAACUUUCACAGAAAACCAUUGAAAAAGUGAUGGAAAUUUGGAAAUACUGAUGCCUGUUUUGUUACCAACUUUAGUUUCUUAUUACAUUACUAGAACCAAAGAAGAGCAAAUUAUUCAAGCAUGCAAAACUGUAUUAAUCCGUGCUGAGCAGUAAUAAAGUCUUCCAUUUACAUUACAUUACUUAACAUUUUUGUAAAACUUUCUGCCAGGAUGAAAUGUGUCUCUUAAAAUGGGAUAAAAACUGAAUCUGCCGGAAAAGGGUUUACCUUUGACAAGGCUCUGGGAAGAAAUAAUAUAGUGUUCCUUUUGUUUGAAUGAAAUUUGGUUGUGAGGCAGAAAUGUUUUACAUUUUACAUGUCAUAAACACAAGGAUUUCUGCUGUGCAGGAAGAAGUGUUCAAAGAGAUUGCGCGAGUGCAAGAUGUGUCUUAGUUUAUUAGGGAAAAAACAAAAGUCAAAGACCACAUUAUUAUUGCUAAUAAAUCUUCACUUAGGGCUGCUCAAGUACUUAAGCAGCUAUUUGUCUCUUGUUUUUAACAUAAUGAUUGCUGUGGCAAUCUAAGUUGCAGUUUGAUGGAGAAAGUUUAAUUUGAUAAAUGUUUUCCUGCAACUA